AUGCAUCCUUCCUACCGCACCAUCGUGUACCUGGGCACAAGGUUGCAGGAGAUUCGUGAACAGAGUAUCAUCAAGGGCAGUGUUAACUUUUCCGACUUCAUCACCACCGCGCCAAAAACCCUUCGCAUUAUUGCCGACAUGCCAUACCUGAAUGACCAGUACCAGAAACAAUUGCUCCGUGGCUUCACUGGCAGCCCCAUAAGAUUCCCAGAGGGUCCUCCACUGGACCCUGGGAACAACCCGAAGGUCAAACUGAACCUACCCCCGUUGGGAACUCCCUUCGAACCCCCCACCAGGCCAGAGGUGAACCCAUAUGAAGAGGAGUCAUCUAAAGAGGAGUCAUCUGAAGACUCUCCCGAGCUUAAGACCCCGAUGUGGCAUCUCUACAACAUGAAGGCUGGAUGGAAUGCCGCGAGCGUCCCCAACCCAAACAGGGAUGCCAUGCCCUUUAAUCCACGAGACAAUAAUGUUGCAAAACAUGAGAUAUUCUCUGCAGAGGAUCAGAAAAAGCACCCUAUUGGCUUCAAGAACCAAGAGAAAAAGCCCAGUUUCCAAGUCAUGUACUGGUGA